GUGAUUGGUUGGCGAUUUUUCUUUUUCGGAGUGGGGGGGUGGGGGGUAGUGUGUGUGUGUGUGUGUGUGUGUGCGUGCGUGAGCCUCACGUUCAGGCAAAGAGGGGCGACUGGAGGGGAUCGCUUCCAUGGACCAUCUGUCUGCCGCGGCUCAACAAAGAAGGAGGACGCAGGAUGGUGUUAGUCCAUGUCGGAUAUCUGGUUCUCCCCGUCUUCGGCUCGGUUAGAAAUAGAGGAGCACACUUCACCAGGCACCAACACAGCCAUGCUACCUCCUGCCGACACUUUCACCUGGGCGCCCCGCAGGCGCCCAUCUCGGCCGAGUUCCCUUUAGGACACGCCGGCCAGCCCGCUCAGACGGGCCUGCCCAACCACCUCCCCCCCGCACGCCAUCCACCCCUCGCUACCUUGCCCGCCGCCCCGCAGUUCCAGGACGUAUCGGGGCCUCCGUUCCUACCUCAGGCCUUACACCAGCAAUACCUCAUCCAGCAGCAGCUUCUAGAGGCGCAGCACCGCCGGAUUCUCCCACACUCCAGAAGGAACCAGGAGCGGGUUCCCCUCAACCCGCAGAGACUGCGCUCCGCCUACGAGUACUCCCCACCCCUCCACUCCCCGCAGCCGGUUACACAGCAGCCCAGGUACCUGGCUGAAGGCACCGACUGGGAUCUCAGCGUUGACGCCGGCCUCCCUCAUCACCAGUACCACCUCCAGCAGCUGCCGCAGCACUACCAGCACUACUUGGCCUCCCCCCGAAUGCACCAUUUCCCCCGGAACACGUCUUCUGCACAAGUGGUUGUGCAUGAAAUCAGAAACUACCCGUACCCCCAGCUGCACCUGUUGGCACUGCAAAGUCUGAACCCUUCCAGGCAUGCUACUGCGGUGCGGGAGAGCUACGAGGAGCUUCUUCAGUUGGAGGACCGGCUGGGCAGUGUGAGCAGAGGUGCAGUGCAGACCACCAUCGAGCGAUUCACCUUCCCACACAAAUACAAAAAGAGGAAGCCCUUGCAGCUGAAGCUCGGGGAAGAAGAGGAGGAGACGGACGUGGAUGAGAAGUGUACAAUUUGCUUGUCCAUGCUGGAAGACUGCGAGGAUGUCAGGAGGUUACCCUGCAUGCACCUCUUCCACCAAGGCUGCGUGGACCAAUGGCUGGCGACCAGCAGGAAGUGUCCAAUCUGUCGCGUUGACAUCGAGACACAGCUGAACGCCGACAGCUGAUGAGAUUUUCUACCCCCACGCCAGUGGCAUUGCUAAACUCCUGCUUUCUUCCAUCCUCCUCCUCUUCUCACCCCCCACCGGGUGCUUUUGCCAAAUGUCUCCUAACUUUUGAUGUGAGAUCUUUGUUUUCUUUUGGAGUCUCGCUAUACUGAUUCAAGCCAAGGAGUAGAAGUGCAAGAGAACUCUGUCUCGGUGCCCCCCCCCCCUUCACUCUUUCUACAGAACGCAAGCACAUCCGCACACACUAACAAGUCGUGUACACAGGGUUUCAUUGUAGCUUGCUGGUUUUACGUGGUGACCGUGCUGGUGGUAGUGUGGUGCAGGGGUUCUCAAACUUUUUCGGUCCAGGAACCCUUUACAGAGGAGAUUUUUUUUAAACCCACCCCCCAUAAUCAAUUAAGCAUAACUUCCAUGUGUACCUCUAAAUGUCACAGGAGUGAAAAAAAAAAAAAAGUUGUCAUGUUACGAUAACAAAUUCAUGUUUUCGAGACAGACAAAAAGUUGUAAUAUUAUGAGAAUUAAGUUGCAAGCAGUAAUCGUUCCAAGAAAAUAAUGUAUUUUGUCGAGAUAAAAAGUUUACGUCUUAUAACAAUAAAGAUAAAGUCUAAUAAGUUUAUGAUAUUAACGUCUGUGUAACGUGACAAUAAACGUCUUCUAAAUUUGACACACCACAUAGAUAAGUGUUGUUAACAACCCUGCAAAUUUAAAUAAUAAAAAAUACUUCAUCUUUCUUAUGCCUACACAUCCUUACAUGUUUUAGCCACAAAAAUAUAUCUGCUUAAAAGCUCCGGUGGCUGAAAUAUAUCCCACCGGGUCGUCACGGGGCUUUCUAUGCUGCAACGAGAGGCGCAAGCCACAAGCUUCCUCCCUUAGGAAUUAUAUAAUGACACCGAGCUGCUCUGUAAAUUGUGACAUCCAGCGAAGAUGUAUUUUCAGGGUGCUAGCAGGCAUUGCUAGCUAGCAAACUGCACGCUGUUGCCGAAGAAAUGAGCCUCGUAAUUAUAACAAAAUGAUUCCCAAUUUCGCUGGAAAAGCACUGAUGCAAACAGAGGCACUCAGUUCUUCUAUAGUGGGGGAUGGUCGGCGGGAGGGAGGGACUCAUGCCAGAUGCCCAAAUGUGUUACUCGGCAGUAUUUUAGCCACUGGCCAGAAAAUGUAGAAAGUUGAAAUGGUAAAAACAUGUUUAACGCUGUAUCUCUACAAUUUAGUACUACGUAGUUCUAGUCUUUGCACAUUUUCAGCCAUUAUCUUCAAAUGUGUAAUGUAUUUAGAAACAAAACUCAGAAUUCACUUUACAGGGUCUUUAACAUCAAAGUUUAAGGAUGAAAGUCAUAUUUUAACAAGUGAAUUUAAAAGAAAAUAUAAUUUAUUCUCACAAUAUUAUGCCUUUAAUCCAAGGAAAUUAUUCUCUAAAAAAGAAUACUAUAUUCUUGAAAAAGAUUAACCCCUUUGUUCUUGGAAAAUAAAUGUCUUUAUUCCAGGAAAAAUAGUAAUCAUAAUUUAAAAAAAAAAAAAAUUUAAUUCAGGCAAGCAUGUCAGAUUUAUGUGAUGAUACAUCACAGGCAUAUCAGAGCUUUUAAUUGGCCCAAAGCUAACAUAGGGGGGAGUAAUUGUUAGUUUUUUUUUUUUUUUUUUUUUUUAUUUGCACUUUUUUUCCCAGUGAUAUAUUUUUUCCAGCUCACAGACCCCAGAGGGUCCGGGGACCCCAGUUUGAGAACCACUGGAGUGUAGGCGCCUCCGGGCUGUGUAGCAUGUCCUUAAAGCCAUGACUUUAACGUCCCAUCGCGAGUUGGCUGUCUUUCUAGAUUCUCUAUGACUCUUCUCUCUUUUUCCUUCUUCCUGGAAUACAAAAAUGUCGUGUUUACCUUUUAUGAUCGUAGAGUAGCAGCAAACGUGUGUGGCGCGCCGCCGCCCCGCGUGCCAUCUCUGGCGUGUUUUAAAUCUAUCGUGCAGCUUUUACUUUUUGGAAUCGUGUCGACGCCGCCGGCCGCCGAGCUGCCCGACAAUUACAGUUCAAACUAAGACAUGAGUUGCAAGAGGGUUGCCAAAAGAAAAAGUUGGAACCUUUCCAUGGGAAAUAAUGGGUAAAAAUGUGCUAUUUAUUUGAGAACGAUUUUAUUUGAAAUAUUAAAAAUGAUUAGUUAAUUCCGAUAUGCUGUAAAUAAUAAAAAAUAAAAAAUGUGAAGUUAAUUUUAUUAUUAAUUACAGUUCUUAAUUGUUUUUAUUUGAUUAAAGAUAUUCUUAAAACUAUUAAUUAAUUUCUAUUUAGCGUCGUCAGGGGCUGAUGGAAGAUUUUUCGCCUUCUCGCAAAAUGCAUUCAUCAAUGGGGGUGCAGGGUGGGCUUUUUAAUGCCCACCAAAAAAUGUUUGGAUGCACGCCCCUCGUCAUUACUUUUUCUCGUUAUUUUUUAAAUUAUUAAUUCUAUUGUUUUAUUUUAGACUUAUUACAAAUUAUUAGUUCCUCCCCAUUAAUUGUUUCUUUUUUUCUGUCCUCUUUCCCAAAUUCUUCGGCCCAACUCCCCAUGGAAAGUUUUUGGCCAAUUUCCCCGCCCUCUUUUGCGACCUGAGCUGCCAAAAAAACUUUGCAUGCGCGCUAGCCUUGUCGCGCACAUUAGCACAACGCUUCCUUCCGGUAAACGUGAAUUACAGGAUGCUUAUUUCAACAAAGCCAAAAAAAAAAGAAAAAAAAAAAAACAUGCUGUAAAAUGGACGCUAUCUUGCGCUGUUACAGUAUAGUUGUACUAGUAGUAGUAGUAUGCGGGGAUCUUUAGCUCUACCCUCGUUAGCCGUUAGCUUCAGAUCGAAAACUGCAUGAGUUUGUCGGCCCGGCAGCUUAAAACUAUGAAGAUGGCGCCCCCCCCCCAACGCUAAACAACAAGCACAGGCUUCUUCUUAGCUCCUAUGUGAAUGAGUGUUUUUUUCCCCCUUGCCUUGUGGUUGCUAUGCCGGUUGCUAUGCUGUAUUGCUGUAGAAUGUGACGUGCGACGGAGGCAGCCUCUCUCUCGCAGUGCACAAACAACGACACAAUGAAUUCACAUUUAAACGUGAUGCUGCCCUUUACGCACUGUGAUAGUCCAUUAUGUGUAUUAUUAUAAUUUUUUUAUGUUGUUGUUGUUGUUUUUGUCUUGUGCACUGCCAGCGUCGACACUGCCUCCUCCUGUGAUGACGAAGUGUUCAUAGUUUACACAGGGUGUUGUCCAUUGAGAUGCCUUAAGUAUUUAACAAUCAUAAUUUAUUACUAACUGUAGAUAUGGUGGCUAUUUAAUUUUGUAUUUUUUGUUUUUGUUUUAUUCGAAGGGAAUUAUUUAUUUGGACACACACACACACACACACACACACGCAAAUGCUACAAAAGAAGAAGAAAAAAAUUACCUCAUCUUUUGCAUUGUCUCCAGUGCUUUGCAUGCAGCUGUACGGGAAAACACUAAAGGUAUAUUUACACACAAAAAAAUGAUUAUUGUUAGCACUGCUGCUGCUGCGCUCUGUUAAAGGCUCCCCCUCCAUCCUCCAGUGGUGCUGUGGAUCUCGCUGACAUUCCAUCCCAUGCAACACUUGCCAAUGCUGUGACUUAAUAUUUACUGCAAUGGAGUCAACUGGUUCUUCUUAUUAUAAUUUUUUUGCACUGUUAAGAUAAGGGAACCCUUUCACUGGCAACUCUGUACUUUUCAAUAUUUACCGUAUUGCCCCCCCCCCAAACAUUUACUGUGUAAAUCAGUGCCUCGGUUUUUGUGUUAUUUCCACGUGAUAAGCCUUAACGGUUGCUUCAAUGGAUGAGCCAAGAUAACAGAAAAAGCCGUUGUCGGCCGGUCAUGCCUGAAAUUGUACAGGAAGUUGUCUAUUUUUGGUGAAUACCCCAGCGCUCCCCUGAAGAGUUGGGAAAAAAAUUAGCCACAGCCAGUUUCACCAAUCAACAACAAAGUGGGUGGACAUGUCUAUCAUAACAGGAUGCACGAAGAAGUCUCAAAGACCCAUGCCUGAAAUUGAACAUGUUGCUAGCCAUUUUGGUUUGAAGCAGCCAUUUUCUUGCAAAACUGCGAGGGCCCGUUGGUGGCUGCUUGUUUUGGAUUGUUCAUGUAUCAGAGCUUUAGAUCUUGUGGAAAUAAUGAUUUACCAAUAGAAAGGCACACUUUUUUUCCUUUUUCAUCCCUCCUCUCAGUUUCCUUUGACAGUGUACGGAAAGUUUUAAAGCACAACUGCAUGUUUUCUCAGGUUUCAAUACACUGAUUCAAUGGCUUGAGAUUGAAUUUACAAAUAAUGUACUUUUUAAAUGUAUUCAGAGUAUUCAUUGUGUUGCUUGAAUCCGGACAACACAUGGAAAUAUCUCCCCCCCAAAAGAAAAGAGUGCCAGUGAAAGGGCUGCCACCAUCCUUGUGUGUGUCUAUAAAUCUGCUGUUUUAGCCGUGACUGCGCAAUGUUUUUCAAUAUAGGAUAUUUUAUCUGAAAAUAGAACUAUUUAUCAUUAAUAAAGCAAUAGCGCAUUAAUGUUGAUGAGUGUGUGCGACGUGGAUGAGCAUAUUGCGAAUACGUGUUAGAUUCACGCGUGGUGGAAUUUUUUGUACCUUAUUUAUUCUUACUACUAAUGAUGAUUUAAAAAGUGGCAUUGCUAAACCCAAACUUUUUUUUUUUUUUUAAAUUGUU